AUGAUACUUUCUGUUUUGUCGAGCCCUGCUUUAGUCUUUGGUUUAUUGGUUACACGUGCUAUAAAUUUUGUACAUUCCGUUUUGUUUCCCAUCCCAGUCUUUUGCAGCAUAGAAACCUUUUUCACUUACUUUUCGUCAUUUCCUAUUAUAAGGAAAUUGUCAAUGAAAUGGCAAUUCCUUUGGUUUUCUAUUUUCAAAUUCAUUUUUUCCAUUAUUAUGAUAAAAUUAUUAUUUUCAGUGGGUUACUUAUGCUUCGACGAUUUGACUCGUGCCAUUUCUCAAUUCUACCCGCCGAUAUCAGGAUUUAUGGGGGGGGGAAAUACGCCUAUGCCCCCUACAAACCCAUUCGACGGUUUUCUUAGCAGCUAUUUUGAUAAUGAGCGCUCUAACGAUCAGCGGAGGGGUUCACCUUCCUGGUCGGAACAGUUGCCUGCGGAAAGUGGCCUUUACUUGAACCUCGAUGUAGAAGAUCAAAACAAAGAUCCCAUCGAGGAGCAAGUAGAAGCAGAGGGUUUAAGAUGCGACAGAAUAAAAGAAAAAAUUAUAGAAAAAACCCAUUCUCUAUUAAUAAGCAAAGGGUACCAUAUUCCAGAAAAAGAAGAUAUACGCCGCGUUAUCGAAAUUGUUAUGUUUCACGAGGAAUCCGUUGAUAUUGAUCAUCGCAAAAGAAGAUUCUACUACCUUUACUCCUGCUUAGGAAAAGAGGAAACUCCAUUCUGGCGGGAGAUUCUUAAAUUACUUGCUGAGUAUAACAUCACUCUCUUCGAUACCCGUUGUGAGCACUAA